AUGGAUUGGGGAGAUGAAUAUUCUUAUAAUUCUUUUGACGUAGAUUGUUUGUUAAAUUCAUUUCCUGGAGACCUGGGAUUUGAACAGAUCUUCAGUGACAUUGAUGAAAAGAUUGAGAAAAAUGCUGCAAGCCUGCAACAGUGUCUUAAAGAUAUCCAGUCAGAAGUUAACAAAAGGUGUGGCUCUGAUGUUCCACUACAGACUACAAGUGAUUGUCUUGAAUGGUUAAAUAACUACAGUUCCAGUUCACUCAAACCACCUUCCUGUUCUCAUGGAGAUUUGAUCAAAUUCCUCAAAACCUUGCAAGAUUUAUUGAAGAAUGAACAAAAUCAAGAAGAAAUGAUCCUAGAGUUCCUUUUGGAUCUCUCAAGUCAGUGUGGAGUUUCAUUUCCAUGUACUCCAAGUGGAACAUCUUUCCUAUUCACACCUAGAACUUCUCUACAUGCAGUUGAAGAUCACUCAUCUAUGGAUGUAAAGUCUUUGUGGGAUGAUAUCAGAUUGCAUCUUCGACGCUUCUUACUGAGCAAAUUACAAAGUCAUAAUAAAAUAAACAAUUCACCAGACACAAUUUCUUUUAAAACGCACUGCAUUCGACAGCUUUUGUUUCUUUAUCCAGAGUCAGAAGUUUUAGCCAAGUACCAAAGCCUACAGAAUAAAUUGGUUACUGAAAUCCUAGAGAAUUGUUUUUUGUCUUACAACAGAGAAGCAAAUUUAGACACAGUGAUACAUGGAUACCAAAAUUCAAUACUUAAAUUAUCCAGAAUGAUCAAACAAGAUUUUUAUGUACUAAGUGAAAUUUUAGCUCCUUCUUCAGCACUAAAAUUCAUUAAUGAAACUUACCUGGAUUCCAUUAAGGAAGAAAUGACAAAUUUUCUGGAAAGAUUUUGUGAGCUGCAAUUCAAAGAAAAUGCUGUCCACGUGGUUAAAACAGGCAAGAAUUACAGCAAACAUAGAGGAGCAGUACAUGCUUUGGUUACUCAUGAAUGCCCACAAAAAGGACAAAAUAUCUGCCUCUCCUUCUAUGAACUCAGAUUCUUAUCACAACUCAUAAAACCUCUGUUAAAAUUGGAAACGGAAGUUCAAGACCUUUCCCAAGAACUGUUCUCGCUGCCCAGGAUAUCCAGACAUGCUUCAGGAAUUUGGAAGAAAUCUAGUGGAGAACUUUUAAUUCAGGACGCUAGAGCAAAUGAAACUAGCGUGCUAGCUGAGAAAUCACUGCAGGUGAAAGAGUAUGCUUUACUAGAUUUUGGCUGGAGAAGUGCAUUUAAAGAGGUGUCUCUUUCGGUGGUACGGUGUUUAACAAUAGCAAUGGAAGAUCAUGCCACUAAAAUUCUCCAUCGUGAACAGAAUGAAAAAUCUUCAGCUGUAAACUAUACUAUGAGUCUUGUAAAUAUUCAGUCAGUUUGGGAGCUAUGCAGAACAACUCCUGAGGAAGACCAACCAAAGAAAAUUGCCAAGUUUUGUUCUGACAUCAUGGAAGAACUUGACAUGAUGUUUCCCCUAGCUCUCGCAUGCAGGGACAGUUCAUUUCAGGAAAUUAGAGCAAACUUUGUGGAGGCCUGUUGCAAAGUAGCAGCAGCUGUCCUGGCAAGGUUGGAAGAGAGAAGCAAGGAAGUUCCUUCCAAAAUACCCUUGCAAAAUUUAUAUACUCUUCUCGCUACAGCAAUAUUUGUCUUUCAGCAUUUUAUACACUAUGAUGAUUUGAUGAAAGAAACAAGUAAGAAACCCCUAUUCCUAGUGCCUGUCCAACGAUAUCAGGAACUCAUCAGCACUCUCCAGGUUCAGGUUACGGACUACUGCGUCAGAGUUUGUGCUACAAGCAUUUUACAGGAUGCAGAGAGCCACCACUGGGAUGACUACAAAGCAUUUUAUGAGGGGGAAAGAUGCUCAUUCUCUAUCCAGAUGUGGCAUUAUUUCUGCUGUGCUCUCCAUCAUGAUCUGUGGGCUGUUCUACCCCCCAAGUUAGCCCAAGAGAUUCUCAUAGACGUUUUGGAGAAAUCUUUGGAUCUGCUGGCCUCCAGAUAUUCUCAGGCCCAUCCCAGUUAUAAGAGAACUCCACAGAUAAGAUUUGAUGUUACUGCAGUUUUAAUAUGUAUGGAGGAAAUGUUCUGGUCAAUUUGUAGAUCAGUGCAAGAACUUUUGAAUCCUCGUGAAUGUAUAAAUGAAAAGAUCUUGAAAAUUCAUACCCACUGCAAUAAUCUGUUUACAACACUGAUAAUUUUGACAUCACCAUUAACAGAAUUAUAUAAGGCAUUUCAGAAUGACACCGGUGAUCUUACAUCAGAUUCAUCAGAAUCACCUUUCAAUCAACCACUGCAUUGGAUUUCUUGCAUAGAACAGUUUUCUCCUUCUUUCCUUAGGACUCCAUCAGCUGGAGAAAUGGCAGUCCAGGGUCGAUUGAAACUGCUCUUAUCCCAGCCCUGUUGUAAUUGGAACUUGCUUUUGGAAACUCUCCUGCAUGGUGAUUGUCUGAUACUAAAAAUCUUGUUGAGGAGUGAGUUUAGUGUUGGUACCUUAUCAAGAUAUGAAGAACAAGUACCUCAUGUGGGACAGAUGCCUAACCAACAACCUAGCUUGACAGAAGCAGUCUUCAAGUUGCUGUCCUAUUGCAGUCUUUCUCCUCAGUCACUUGGAAGGGUCUUUGUCAACUACAUGGAACUAGAACAGUUAUGGGAUUUUUUAUAUGGUAUUCCAGCUAAAAGUAACAUGGAGUCUGAACCAGAGAUCAUCAGAUGCUUGAAGGUGACAUUGACUGAAACGGUCAAGAGCAUCAUAAAGCAAAUAACUUCAUUGAUUACUUCUUGGGAAGCCUCAGGAAGCUGUGGAGCAGCGUACCCACACAAACAAACUUUUCCCGAAAGUUUACUCAAGACAGUUCCAAAGGAAUGGAGUUAUAGUCCACAAGAAAUGAAAAGAAAAGAGUUGGGGAAAGGCUUCACAAGGUUUGCAGCUCAGGCGGUAUCUAUUGUAAUCAGCGAGUUACCCACCGUGAUUGCAUGUUUGCCUCCCCCAAUUAAGUACUUCUUUUUUCUGUCUGAGAGAAAAAUGUCAAAAAACUUUGUUGAAUUGAAGAAAACUGGUCUGCUUGUCUGGAACCUGAUUGUAAUUAUAUGUCGGAUAGUUGAGGAUGGAAACACCUUGGAAUUUUUAACGGGUGCCUUGCUUGACAGUUGGAGUAAAGAGAAACUCGGUUUAGUUUGUGUGUGUUUAGAAAGCAUUAUGGGAAAGCAGAAAAGUAGCCCUAAUCAAGUGACCCAGCGGGUUAUACACAGAAUUGAGCAGCAAAAACCAAACUGGAUUGAAAGCCAGUUGCUGAAAGCAAGAAAAUUGAGCACAGAAUGUCUACUUUGGACGGCAGAAGAAGGCACAGCCUUAGAAGAAGGAGGUAUUGCUCUUGAAUUGACUGAGCAGAAAAUAAACAUGAUGGUCCUGGAUAUCUGCCACAAACCAGGUGGCAGUGAGUACCUGAGGCAAAUUUAUCACAUCAUCCGGCUCAAUGAGGAAUAUUUGAAAGAACAGCUGUUUUCGAUGAAUGUACCAGAGGAAAACACAUUACCCACCAGACCUUUAAAAGUGACCUUGAAGAGCCUGGAAAAGCAGCUUCCUGCCUUUAACCCUUUUCAGGUGUAUAAGUGGUUUAGUGAAAAAAUGCUGGAUCAGUCAGCCAUAACUAAAUGGGACUGGAAUUGGUCAAACUUGCUGCCAAGUUAUCUGGGACUGAAUAAGAUGACCUUCAGGGCACUGCUUAAGAACAGGUGGGAGAUGAGGACAGAUGAAACACUAGAAGAGGAAGAAAAAGUGAUGCUGGAACACUUGAAAACAAUGUGUUUGAUCCAGAGCUCUUCUGCCUCAGAUAACCCAGAAGAACAGUAAUCUGCAAAAAGAAAAAAAAAGGCAACUGAUAUAUUUUAGGAAGUCUUAGCAUGCCACGGAGUGUGUUUCAUCCUAGAAUCAGAAUACACCUCAGAUGUGCUGUGAAGCAUGAAACCAAUGGCUUAAGUAAGCCCUGUACUGAAAAUGAGUAGUUAUUAAAGCAUAAGGAACAUAGUGGUGUUAUAUAUUUUUAUUUUUAAAA